GGUGGUACGAGCGUUCGGUGGAAGUUUUGGGUUGGGCGUUCUUUUUUUCUUCUCUAAUUUCUGUCAUAGGAUGUGAAACGAGAAAAAGCCCGUUACUUUAUUGGACAAUCUUCGACGAAAUCUCAUAAGUGUGUUCAUUUGCGAGGACUAAUUUAUUCCAUUUGCUGUCAACUUUGGGAAUUUUUAUGUGAUUUGGCAUUUCAGAGCGGCAGAGAAUGAAACCCAAUGACGAAAGUUUCGUCGCCAACCCUGCUCAAAAUGGCUACAACAGACGAGACUACUCAACGAUGGAACAGUACGCCGCAAGCAUCAUCAAGGUGAUCACCUUGAGGAGGAGAGGCAGCGCUCCCCUCGGCUUCUCUAUAAGAGGAGGUUGGGAACAUGGUACUGGAGUAUUCGUCUCAGAAAUAGUUCCUGGAUCCAUUGCUCAAAAACAAGGUUUAAGGGUAGGGGAUCAGAUUGUUCGAAUAAAUGGCUUCAGCAUCCAUCGGGCCAUCCACAUGGAAGUUCUUAGUCUAUUGAAAACCUGCCCUGGAAUAGUUCUGAAAAUUAAAAGAGUUGGAAUUCUUCCAGUUAAAGAACGUGAUAAAGAUCCUGUGACAUGGAAGAUUGUCGAACCUCCACCCUCUCUCAUUUGUUCAGAUCAAGUAGCUCAUUCACAUGUGAAUGGGACUUCUUUGGAAAAUAGCAUUAUAGUGAAAAUUGAAAUAAAUGUCCCUGGAAAUUCUAGCCUAGGGUGCAGCAUUGCCAAAGGACCUCCCGAGAUGCCAGGCAUCUUCAUGUGUACCGUGAAAGAGGGCGGCAUUGCGGAUCAGGCCGGUCUACAAGUCGGAGACCAGAUCCUGGACAUGAAUGGCACCAGCUUCCACGACCUCAAGCUCAGUGACGCUGUAGCUCUGAUGAAAUCUUCUAAAGACAUCAGACUCACAGUAAAGAAGGCAGCCGGGAUCAGCUUGUUUCUAGACAACACAUCCACCACUCACAGCAACAAGAAUGAAGAUUCACUGUCCACCACCAGAAGCCUCAGUGAUGGCCUAUCAUCACGUAUGAAAGAUGAAUUCUCCGGUAGCUGCUCUUCAAAGUCAGAAGGUAGCUCCUUCCAGAGCAGCGUAUCCAGUGAUUCGGAAAAGGAUUAUUCCAUCUCGGAGGAGAGCGCUUUCGAAGGCUUGCGGAAAAGCUCAAAAUGGCCGCAGCACAAGAAGACUCCUUCUGCUUCGACAAUCGAAGAAGACGCAUGGAUACUGGAAGAGAAGCACAAGCUGGAGGAAGGACGGAGGAAGUUGGCGGAAGAAAAGAUGAAGCUGGAAGAAGAAAAGCGAAAGCUGGAGCUCGAAAAAUCUUCAUCAUCUUCUUCUUCCCAACCCACUUCUUUGGAAGACAACUCUUUUAGGGAUAACAAUUUUCUAAGUGAGCUUCAAAAAGUCGCAGCUAGAAUGAAUACCAAAGAGAAUAAAGGAGCUGAUCCGUUGAAGAAUGGCCCAAAAUUAAGGACUGAAGGGAUAAAAGGCAAGAGAUGUAAAGAAGAUGCCAUUAAAAGAAUGCAGCAUGAAAUGUUGAUGGAAGAAUUUCGAGAAGCCCAUCGAAAAAUGUUUGGCUCACAGACUGUUUUACCGAUGGAUGAAAAUGAAAACGAAAAGGAAGCUCCAAAUUUGGAAUUUUCAAAGCUCACCAUAAAGAACAAAGUGAAGCCACCACCUCCCCCACCACCUAAAACUACAGAUGCUAGUAAAGAGUGCCAAAAAAUCACAGUUAAUGGGCAAGUUCCAUGUCCACAGAGUCAAACUUUACCCCGAUUUGAAAGAUCUGCUUCUUUACAAAGUGACAGCUCAGAGAAAGAACGUCCAAAGUCUUCGGCAGUAACUUCAACUAAUGGGUUUCGAAUAACUGUAACGGACAAAGGAAGGCAACCGGAGAAGUGCAGCAUUGCGUCUAAAAAUAAAACAGGAGCACUUGUUGAAGUAACGCCCUGGACAACUAGACUUUAAACAAAUUAUAAUCAUUUAAGUAACUGCUAAUUCUGUAAGAAGUGACAAGUGAUGAUUCAACUGAAAUAUACAAUUUUCUUGCAAUUAUCAUCGACAACAAUUUCAUGUUUUUACAUCAUACCAGUCGAAUUUCAACUAUAAACAUCAAUUCACUUUCAUUGUAUUUUUCCCUAUCUUUUGCAAAAGCAUAUGAAAGAGAAAUUUACAUUUGUUUACAUUAAAUCAUGAACUGAAAACUUAACUUCUUUAUAGUAGCUUUUUUAAGGGGGGGGGGGGUAUUUUCAUCCACAAAACUAAAGCAAAAGGUAUUUUUGCAUAGUCUUUGUUUAAUUUUAGGCUAAAACCCCAAAAUGAUUUUUCUUCAGUUCCGACUUUUGCAUUUUGGUCAUUCAAAAUACAAUGCAUUUUGUGCAUAUUUUCUAGUCUAAUAACUUCCAGUAACAAAAUAAUUUGACAAACAGAUGCAUUUUAGGCAAAGUUAAUUUUGGUGUCUGAAAGAGAAAUGGGGGGAGGGGGAUAAUAUUUAAUGAAGCAAAUAUGAAAUUUUUGGAAGAUUUUAUAUAUUUAUAUCUAAAACAUUUUUGUAUUUUGGAAGAAAAAUUUUUUUUUAAAGUUCACAGAAACAGUAAAUGCAAAAUGUUCCACACUAAAAUUGGUAUCAAAUUGAAAAGUUUAAGGCAUCCCCAAAAGAAGAAUGAGGGAAGUCAGCCUAAAAAAAGUGUUACACAAAAAAAAAAGACAGCUCUACACGAAUGAACUGUACAGUGUACACAUCCUAAGUUAUAUUCUGAUUUGUGCAUGCUAUUGAGGUGGCCAAAAAGACUAAAAUAUAAAUAAAUAAAUAAAUAAAGUACUUUAAAAAAUGUGCACAUAAUUGUUCAUGUGAAACGUAAGUUAUGUAGACACUUCAUAAUCAUAAGGACAUCAAAAAUGGCAAAGAUUCAACCACAAUUAAGCAUAAAGAUGAUUCGAUACAGUAAUUCAUUUAACAAUUAAAAACUUCUAUUUAUGCUAAUAAGAAAACAGCCAUUUAAUUUCUCACUUUUUAUACAGCAGCAUCCAGUUUAUAUUUUAUAAUUUCUCCCACUUUUGUAGAAAGUGUUUCCAAAAUAAUUAUCUCUUGAUCAAAGGAAAAAAGAUUUUAAAGUGAUAAAAACUUUGCUAUGUGCGAAAUUUGAUAUUUUUAUACAAUAUAAUCUGAUUUAGAUAAAUUCCUGAGGCUGGUUUCACUUUAAGCAAUUUUCUUCCAUCAUAUGUCAUAAUAGGCGAACUUGAGUGUGUAAAAUAUGCAAGACUGUCUGAUAGCUGUAAAUGACCAUUUAGUAAAAUUUGCAUUAACCAUUUCAUUUGCACAUUGUUGUUCUUUUGUAAAGCAAUGUUUCAUUUCAUCAAGGCAGCUAGCAACAGCUGAUACAUUUUUUCAUUGGUGUUUGAAUUUCUUUAAAGAUUUUAUGGCAAAUGUAUUCAUGCAUUUUGGGAUUUUGGUUCAUUUGUGUAUAAUUUAAUACCCAGUACUUAAAAUACUUCUUUUAAAAAGUAAAAAUUUUUUGCAAAAGCCUUUUUAAAAGUGAUACCAAGUAAGUGACUCAUGAUGUUUAAAAGAGUUUCACAGGCAAAGUUCAGAAUAAAAGUAAUGAAAUUUUCAUGCAAAUGUAGACACUUAUGAUGGAAAUUAAUGUAUUGGCUUUCAAUGCAAUAAAG